GAAGAGGCGGGGCUUCAAGGAGGCUGCCCGCCCCGCACACCUAGAAACGGGCGCUCCGAGCCGCGCGCGAGCGUUUGGUUCGUGGUGCGCGAGGCGUCGGGGGGGAGGGUUGCGAGCCUGAGCGUUGAACGGUGGCUGCGCGCGCGGGUGUGGCCGCUUUAAACUUGAAGAGAGUACUUAAGAAUCAACUACUUGGCUGUGGAUUUGGAGUCACACAUAGGCUGGACCAGAUUGUGUCAUAAUCCUGACAUGGAAACAUGAUGGAUUAAUAGUCCGUCAAGAGCCUUGAAAGAAGAGAGUUUUAAAAUCCUGUUGGCUAAGUGCAAGAAAUUUUGAUAUUCAAAAUGACAUCAACUGGGUAUAAAAGAUUACAGCAGCAAAAUGUGAUUGUAAAUCCACAGCCACCAGAAUAUUAUAACCCAAAGAAACCUAGCCGAAUGACAAAUCAGCUACAGUAUUUGGAAAAGGUGGUGGUCAAAGCUCUUUGGAAACACCAUUUUGCCUGGCCAUUCCAACAACCUGUUGAUGCUGUGAAGCUGAACUUGCCUGAUUACUAUCAGAUUACAAAGAACCCAAUGGAUUUGGGUACCAUCAAAAAACGCUUGGAAAAUAAAUAUUACUGUAAAGCUAUGGAGUGUAUAGAGGACAUAAAUACAAUGUUUACUAACUGCUAUGUAUAUAAUCGGCCAGGGGAUGACAUAGUUGUAAUGGCACAAACCUUGGAGAAGCUUUUUCUACAGAAGGUGUCACAAAUGCCACAAGAAGAAAUAGAGCUUCCUGUGGCUAACAAAAGAGGAGGGAAUGGCAAAGGAAGGAAAGGAUCAGUGUCCUCAAUUGCACAAUCAAAAUUAUGUCCACCAACAUCUGUAACUGGAAGUCAGAAACCAAUGGUUGCACUACCACCUCAGUCACGAAUACCAUCGUUGUCAGCCACUACACACGCUCCUCUAACACCAGCAGGACAGUCUGUUAUAAAAGCAAAGAAAGGUAUUAAAAGGAAGGCAGACACUACUACACCUACUACUUCAGUUCCUACAAUAAGUAGUGGAUCCUCGCCAAUCCUCUCAGAGUGCAAACCUACAAAAACCUGCUCCCCAGAGAAAAGCAGUCAAUUAAGUAAGCCACCUACAAAGGAUCUACCAGAUUCUCAACAGCAUCCAGCUGGGAAAAAAGACAAGUUGACAACAAAUUUGCAACUUUGCAAUGAUAUUCUCAAAGAAAUGUUUGCAAAGAAGCAUGCAGCAUAUGCGUGGCCUUUCUAUGAGCCAGUGGAUGCUGAAGCAUUGGGACUUCAUGAUUAUCAUGAUAUUAUUGAGCACCCCAUGGACCUCAGUUCUGUGAAAUAUGGCAAUAUUAACUCACUAUGUGGAGAUUUUGACUACUUUCAAUAUGAUCUUCCACAGUUGAAAGCCGUGCAUGAUCAGCUCAAAGCGUUAACUCGAGCUCCACUGUCUAGACUGAAGAAAAAGAAGAAAGUCAAAAAGGAAAGGAGAAAAAAUAAGAAAUUAAAGAAAAACUGUGAAAGGAAGAAAACCAAAUCCAAGCAAUUGCAGAAAAAGAAAUACAAGAAAAGCUCUGAGGAAAGAAGAACAUCAAAGAAGAUUAAGCAGCAUAUGCCAGUGUGUGAAUCAGAAGAUGAUGCUAAGCCAAUGUCUUAUGAUGAAAAGAGACGAUUAAGUCUUGAUAUAAACAAGCUUCCUGGUGACAAAUUGGGGCGCAUCGUUCAUAUAAUACAGGCACGAGAGCCGUCCUUAAGGGACUCUAAUCCAGAUGAGAUAGAAAUUGACUUUGAAACUUUAAAGUCCUCUACACUGAGAGACCUGGAAAGACAUGUUAAUACUUGUCUAAGAAAAAAGCAAAGAAAAACUUUCCCUAAAAAGUCUUCAGGAAAAUCUAAAGAAGAAAUUCAAUUGGAGAAAAAGCAAGAGCUGGAAAAAAGAUUACAGGAUGUGAGUGGGCACCUGAACGCUGGAAAAAAACACAAAAACUCUCAGAAGAAUAAUCCAGCUAUAGAUAUGGGCCAAUGUUCAAGAUUAAGUGAAAGCAGCAGCAGUUCCUCAGACUCUGAAAGUGACAGCAGCAGUAGUGAAUCUAGUUCUUCAGAUAGCAAUGACACUGAAUCAGAAAAAUCAUCAAAGCAGAAAUGGAGCAAAAGUAAGGUUCUUGCUGUUGAAGAAAGAAAGCACAACCAUCUAAAUUUCAAGAUGAAAUAUUCUUCGCAGCAAUCAGCAUUGAAUACUAGUCAAGUGCAGCCAUUGCCUGGUUAUAAGGUACCAGAUUCCCAGCAGAUGCAUAGACAAUCUGCUUUGUUCAGUAGUCAGCAAACAAAGAUACAGCUUUCUAAGUCUCAGCAACUUGUGUCAUUAAAAGAGCCAGCACGGAUCAUUAUUUCACCUCAAGGACUUCCUGCAGUUGUGUCCCCAUUGCAUUCACCUCCUUUGUUGAAAUUUAAAUGUCUGCCAGUGAAUCUUUCUCAUCCAUCCACCUAUGUCAAAGAACCAAAGUCGCCAGAAGAGGAAUCUAAUAAAUUAGCAAUUAAUCAAACCAAGCCACCUCUUGAAAUAUCCAGUGACCAAAUGCCAGUCAUGCAACAACAAAAUGUGGAGGCUGCCGUUCCUGGUGAAAUUAAAGAAACUGGUGACAAUAAACUAGCUUUGGAGGCUAAAGCCUGCCAUGUUACAAAGAAGGACAUUGAGGUCAAGAAUGCAAAUUCGUGGGCAAAUUUGGGCAAAAUGACAAUUACAACUCCGCCAACAAUAAAAUCGUCGAGUGAGAGUUUCAAAUUGUUCAGAAAAGCAGCAAUGGAGAAAGAACAACGUGAGAAAGCUUUGAAAGCUCAGCAAGAAAUGAAAAUAUCCCAUCUUGAACAAACUGACAAUGAACAAAAGAAAAUGGCUUCAGAGCAGCAACGAGAAAAAGAGAAGGAAAUUAUCCCAGAAGAGAGUCAAACAAUUCAAGCCGAGGUCAGUGAGAAAUUGACUGAGCAGAAAAUGCAGGAGGAGAAUGAAACACAACAAGAAUCAUUGGAUAAAGAAAGAGAAUUGGCCAGGAAAAGGGCACAAGAACGUAGAAGAAGAGAAGCAAUGGCGACUACCAUUGACAUGAAUUUACAGAGUGAUAUUAUGGCAACAUUUGAAGAAAAUCUUUGUAUUAGAAAUCUUUGAAUCAUGCAAAAUAAAUAUCCCCUCUGCAUGAUAGUUGAGAAGGUCUAUAAAGACAGGUAGCCAUUGCAGUCCAUUAAAUAUAUUCUGGACACUGCUCAUGACCAACAGAUACUGACUGCAGUGUUUCCUGAGAGCUGAGGUGGAAGAACUUGCACUAUUUGUUUUUCCUUCCAUGUCCCAAAUGCCCCAAAGCUCUUCAGAAAUUAGCAAUAUUGUGCAUUGUGUGAAGAAACUGGGUUCCCCAAUGAUGAAGGAAGCUUAAAACCCUUUUGAGAAAAAAAAUUGAAGUGUAAAUGAAAACGUGAUCUAUGUAUUGAGCAUUUAGAGAUAUAAGAUUAUAACAAAAAUGAAUGCAGAGAAAGCAAAAAUUUAAUCUAUUGGCGCAAGUAGUCUAGAGUUGAGGGCAGUUAUAAAGCUUGUGAAGUACAGUUGCAAUUAACCAGAUUACUGAAGUGAUGUAAUCUCAAGGGCCUGUAUUGGGAUAAAAAUUGAAGAGACAAGGAAUGUCUAUGUUAACUUAGCAAAUCAUAAUCUAACAAGUUAAUGAUUACAAUAGGGGGAAAAAACUCACUUUUUUCUACCCUAACAUUUUGACUUUGGCAAUAAAAUUAAUAAAUACAAGUGUUGUGAUUUUUUUCUAUCUUGUAAAAUUGAUUUUCUGAUGCAGUUGGUAUCAGGCACAUAAUAAGUAGAUUUAGAUUUUCUUUUGUCUCAAUGGUGAUCACACCAUUUUGUGUAAUAGGUUAUGUUUCUGAAAUUUGUACUUUUAUAAUGAUACUGCUUUAGAACUGACAACUAAUCUACAUUUGCUAGCUGCUAAUUAAACAAAAAUGAAUUCUCCUUUCUUUACAAGCUGUUUGUAGCAGCUUUUUGAAGUGGCAUUGUUGCCUCAGUGUAGAAGUUAAAGUAUGUGACCUUUUUGCUUUUGAAGGAGAUUAUAACAAAUGGAUAAUCUUGUGUUUUCCAUUCAACAC